AAAUCGUGUGAAGACAUAUCGGUGUUUCAGUAUUAUUUAAAUCAGUUCGCUUGUAUUGAGUGUCGUGGAGUGUGAUAGUACUAUUAAAAAGUUCUGUGGUUAAAAAAAAAUUGUUGGUAAAUUCAGUUGUCCAAAGUUAGCGAACCUUGAUUUGUGCAAUCCAUUUUACUCUUAUUGUCGUCCAUAACUUAGCGGUAAUCAUAACGUUACUUUAAUUAACCGGCUGUCACGCAACUGGCCCUAAUUCUGUUAAAAUUAAUAAAGAGAAAUUAAAACGAGCGUUGUUUUAUUAAUGUAACAUUGUACCUCAUUAACGCCAGUUUAACUUCCCAUUCUGGAAAAGCAUUUGAUCCAGUAUAGUUGAAUCCAUAUUGUUAUAUAUAUAUAUAUAAGUGUUGUUGUACUAGUGUUUAUUAAAAUGUAUUUUGAACUGCCAAAGCUAACGAGAUGCUGUUUCUGCAUGCCUCUCAGAAGAGGUCUUUUGACAAUUGGAUAUAUAAACUUAUUCUUUUCAACGAUUGGGGUAGUCGUCUACUGGACCCCAAUCCAAAUGCAUGUAGAUUUGCCAUCAUUCGCCUAUGACGACUUGGAUGCAUUAGGCGGGGAAAUUAAUGCUGUAGUUUAUUUUAUCGACUUAGUCUUCAGCGUGAUUUUGGUUUAUGGGGCUCAUAAGCAAAUUGCAAGAUGGCUGAAAGCUUACUACUACUAUUCAUUGGCAACGUUUGUUAUGAUGAUCAUUUUAUUCCUACGUUACAUAUAUGAAACACCUCGUUAUACUGAGGAAGACGUGGCAAUGUCUGCUACUAGAUGGUGUAUUUACUUCUACCUAAUACUUCUGGUGAGAAGCUUUCUCGAGAAACUGGAAAAUAAGUCCGGCCUUACAUACGAUAACCAAGUUGAAGAAGUCGUCAUUGGCGAUGGCGAAAUGAAGAAAGACAAGACAAUUUAUCCAAAUGUAUCAGCUGAAACUGUGUAGAUUUUUGCACAGUUGUAAUUAUUUAGGGGCUG